GCGUGUCAGCUGAUGUGUGGAGGAAAGAGGACCUGCUAGUCACCAUGCUCAAAUUGCUCGAUAAAAUAUCUCCAACUGAGUGUCCUAAACUCUUGCACAGGGUGGUGGAUGGGCUCUGUGGUCGGAGUCACCCAAAGCACAUAGAGUAUGCGGACACAUGGAGUCUGCUGGAGUGGGGAGAACUGGUCAGCUCACUAAACUACUUCUUCCGAGUCGCUGUUGGGAGGAAAUGCUCAGAUCAGGAGGUACAGGAAUUGCUGGGUGAUCUGGAAUCUGUACAUGCAGAGGCUGUUCAGCAGUGUGUGCAUGCCAGGCAGGAGGAGAUCAGGCAAGCGCUGGUGGACAGAACCAACAGAAUCUGCAGUACACAUCUAGAUGACUUCAACUGGCAGCUAAAACUUGCAUUAUCCAGUGAUAAGCUGUCACCUCUAAACACUCCUCUACUGAACCUCUGUCUCGACCUGACAGAAAACGAAAUCCAGAGAGCUGUAAACAUAGAAAUGAGCAAAGAAGAGCUAAACACACUCAUCACUUCAUUGGAGGCUGCUAAUAAGGUGGUCAUGCAGAUGAAAUGAAUGGAGCACAUGAAGAGCUGUGGAUGUGCAAGGACAUGCGUCAGGAAUGAGGAAAUGCAGGGCUUUUAUAGGACGAUGCUACUGUGCAAAUGGGAAAAAGAAACACUAGGAUGAAUGUGUGUAUUUGAAUUAGUGUGUAUUGAGCCUAGUGUAUGUGGAGGUCACCUCAGUAAACAGCUGUAACUCAGAGCCUCAGUUGGUUGUAUGAUGUUGAAUGAAGUUCAGACCAUUAUGUUUAACAGCAUUGCAUAUGGACUGACAUAACUGAAUAUUUGUUUCUCUUUUUUUUUUUGUUUUUAAUGAGACAUCAGGAGCUUGAUUAUGUAACAGUAUUCUCCAAAUUCCCCAUGCCUUUUAAAAAAAGAAAUCAAAAAUACAAACAAGGUUACAAACCAUGUCCUGUUCUAAAAGUGUGAAUGCAUAUGGAAGAUGAUGUAUAGAAUUGAGCACUGUUCAAAUUAACACGUUGAUUAUUGAAGAUUGAAAUUAAUGCACAUUAACGCAGCCAACACAGUGAAAGGUCCUGGUAGAUAAUAGCACUGCUCAUUCAGGAGUAACAUAUAAUAAUUAAUGUGAGCAGAGCCUGUAACAGAUAAUAAUUCAUGAGAACAGAGUCUAUCUGAUUUGAAUUUUCCUCAUCGUUUCCCCUCCCUGGUUUAGCAAAGUCUUUCAGUUUCAAUUAACUGUCAGUUCGGUCCAUUUGCCCACCCCUAUGGAGAGCCCUGGCUUGAGUGUGUGAUGGGGGAAAGAAUCGAUUAUUAAAUAAACUGCUUUUUCUUUUUUGUUCC